CAGACUCUAAAGAAAAGUCCCUCUGAUUUUGCAGAGAUAUUUGGAGAAUGUGAUGCUUCUCCUGAGGUAAGAAUAGAUGUCAUUUACUGAGUUUUCUUUAUUUGCAUUUACAAGCUGCAUUUUAACAGUAAUUUAUCUGCCUCAGCAUCAUCUUUUCACAUUUAUGUCUUUUAUUGUUGUUGGGGUUUUUUUGUUUGCUUCUUUAUUCUCAUUUAUUUAUUUCAUCCUCCUGUCCUUUUUGCUCCCUUUGUUUUUGUUUUUGUUCCUUUCCUUUUCUAUAUUAUCUUUUCAAUCGUUCUUGUUUCCUCCCCUCUUCAACCUUCUGCUUGUCUUCUUUUUAAAUCCAAUGGAAUACAUUUAAAUUAAAUCACGAAUCAAAGUUGUUUUUUUUUUUUUUGUUUUUGUUUUUUUGCAGUUGGCUAUAAUCUGUCUUCAGUAGUUAGCUUGUUAAGAUAUCUGUACAGACAAUUUUUCAUUUUCUGAAAAAAACAAGUGAGGUACUACAGCCAUAGUUUUAGUUUAUAUAUUGAAUAUCAUUAUCUUCUCGUGUCUUUCUGAAACACUGCGUUGGUUUUAUUUGGACUUGUGACCACGUGCUGUGGCAGUAUUUUUCCCUGUGCGAGCUUUUUAUUAUUCAUAACUGAAAAUGAUUUCACAUAUUUGUUUUAUAUUUAUAUAUAUACAUAUAUAUAUAUACAUAUAUACUCAAAUGGCAUUUUUUAAAUUGACUGAAAACGGGAAGAUUGUACGCACACUGUUGUUUCACUUUUUUUCCUCAAGGCGUCGCUAUGCGCUUAUAUACGUAUUCCACUCCACCCUCAAACGUGUGGACGAGUAGAUUGUCCGUCAGUGCAUUUGCUAACAGAGAUAUUAGAAGAACCUAACAGCAAACAUAACCGGUAUAUUUUGCUGCAUUAUCGAUCUGUUGAGGGAUUCGAACGGUUGGCGUUUUGUUUUUCAAACUCAUAAUGAUGAGCCACAGGAUCUUUGUGGUUUUGUUCUUAUUUUCUCAAUCUGUGACUGGGGACGUGUCUUAUUCGAUUCCAGAGGAAAUGAGACCCGGAUCUCACAUUGGAAAUAUUGCAAAGGAUCUUAACCUGGACCUGAACAGUCUGCCUUCCAGAAAUGCCCGCAUUGAUGCCACGGGGAAUCGAAAACGCUACUGUGACAUUAACGUGAAUACCGGGGAUUUGGUUGUUGCGGAGAGAAUUGACAGAGAGGGGCUUUGUGGAGAAAAAAUGUCGUGCGUGAUUAAACGCGACCUGGUGCUGGAGAAUCCUCUGGAGCUGCAACCAUUCAGUCUUCACAUCCAAGAUGUUAAUGAUAAUUCACCACAGUUUAAUGACGAAAUUGUGAAUAUAGAAAUUCGGGAGUCAGCAGUGAGAGGGGCUCGUUUUGUGAUAGAAGGCCACGAUGCGGAUGUAGGGCGGAACUCAGUUCAACAGUACAGUCUGAAGAAGAAUGAUAAUUUUGUUUUGGCUGUUGAUGGAAACACAAUAGAGCUC